AUGUGUGAUGAUUUUCGAAGAGAAAAUGUAAAUGCUGAAGUAGCUGAGCAAAUGGUGCUUAAAGAUCUUAGAAGUUUGUUAUAUUCAAUGGGGAAGGACAUAAAUAACUUUGACUUGCCAUGCUUACUGGAUAACAAUGAUUUAGAGAGCUUAAGUUGGAGAGAAGUAUGUGAUGAGAUGUCUAUUGAGGUUGAGCAGGAACACUUGGAUUUGUAUGACAAACUAAAUAGUGAGCAGCGACUUGCUUUUGAUGAGAUAAUGACUCAUGUCUUGCACCAGAAGAGUAUGGUUUUUUUCAUAGAUGGUCCGGGAGGUACAGGGAAAACAUACCUUUAUAAGGCUUUGCUCGCAAAGGUGCGGUCAAUGGGACUAAUAGCUAUCGCAACAGCAACCUCCGGAAUUGCUGCAUCUAUCAUGCCUGGCGGUAGAACAGCUCAUUCCAGAUUCAAAAUUCCAAUUAAUAUUCAGGAUGACAGCAUGUGCAACUUCAGUAAACAAAGUGGAACUGCAGAAUUACUUCGGAGGUCAUCUUUAAUAAUUUGGGACGAAGUUGCUAUGAAAAAGCGUCAAGCUGUGGAGGCACUUGAUAGAUCUCUGCAAGAUAUCACCGGUUGUGGAUCACCAUUUGGAGGGAAAGUAGUAGUGUUUGGAGGUGAUUUUAGACAGGUUCUUCUGGUGGUGAGGCAUGGCACUAGAGCACAAAUUACAGAUGCUACACUAAAAAAGUCUUAUCUUUGGCCAGACAUAAGACAUAUCAAACUAUGGCGCAAUAUGAGGGCAUUGUUUGAUCCAUGGUUCUCUGAUUUUCUCCUUAGAAUUGGUAAUGGUACAGAGGAAUCAAUUGGUCAAGAUUAUGUGCGCCUGCCUGAAGAAAUUGUUAUAGGUUACACAGAUGUAAAGGCCUCUGUUGGUAAGUUAAUUGAUGAAAUCUUCCCUUCAAUGGACAAAAAUGGAAACUCGCCAUCUUAUAUUAGUGCACGUGCCAUUCUUUCCACAAAGAAUGAAUAUGUGGAUGAGUUAAAUGAAAUGCUUAUUGAUCGAUUUCCUGGAGAAGAAAAGGUCUAUUACAGUUUUGACUCGGUGGUUGAUGAUCCACAUAAUCACUAUCAACCUGAGUUCCUAAUUUCACUCACACCUAAUGGCCUACCUCCGCAUAUUCUCAGAUUGAAGAUCAACUGCCCUGUUAUUUUGAUUCGCAAUCUUGAUCCUUCUAAUGGUUUAUGCAACGGUACAAGGCUUAUUAUUAAGGCAUUUCAAGAUAAUGCUAUUGAUGCAGAAAUUAUUGGCGGACAAUAUGCUGGGAAGCGAGUGUUCCUUCCACGAAUUCCUCUCUAUCCUUCAGAGGAUGAUGUUCUCCCCUUCAAGUUUAAAAGAAAACAAUUUCCAAUUCGGCUUAGUUUUGCCAUGACAAUCAACAAAGCCCAGGGUCAAACCAUCCCAAAUGUUGGCAUAUAUCUUCCUGAGCCGGUGUUUUCUCAUGGCCAACUCUAUGUUGCUUUGUCUAGAGGGACAUCAAGACAAACAACUAGAAUACUUGCAAGGCCAAAUAAGGAUAUUGACCCAUCAGGGAAAAGCACAAAAAAUAUUGUCUACAUGGAUGUUUUGGUAUAA